UCUUCAGAUGUUCAGUGCUCAAUAGAAACAUGGCGAUGAAGAGUUGGACGGCAGGUACACAGUGUGUCGCCAAAAAGCAGCACUGCAAACCCAAGGGCGGUGAAAUAGCGUAUCACAAAGGCGACAUCUUGACGAUCAUUGGACCUGGGACGAGGAAUGGAGAAUACAGAGCCCGACAUAACACCACAGGGGAGGAAGGAUUGGUUUCAGGUUCGAAACUCAGAGAAAGGGAAGCCCUCCGUAUCGACCCCAAAUUGAGUCUGAUGCCAUGGUUUCACGGUAAAAUAUCUGGACCGCAAGCCGUCUGCAAACUCAAGCCCCUGGAGGACGGGCUGUUCUUGGUGCGGGAGUCGGUUCGGCAUCCCGGCGACUUCGUGCUGUGCCUCUGCUUCAGUCAGAAGGUCUUCCACUACAGAGUCAUCUUCAAAGACAGCAAGCUGAGCAUCGACAACAAGCAGUUCUUCUACAACCUCAUCGACAUGAUCGAGUUUUACAGAGUACAUCAAGGCGCCCUCGCUUCGCUCCUGCUGAAGCCCAAGAAGAUGGAAGGCACUAAAUCUGCCGAGACCAAGCUGUUGAAAUCCGGCUGGCUUCUAGAUCUGUCCAAGCUGAAGCUAGGAGAGAUCAUCGGAGAAGGAGAGUUCGGCGCCGUGUUCGAGGGUGAAUACGCCGGCCAGCGGGUGGCUGUUAAGAACAUCAAGUGUGACGUAACCGCUCAAGCUUUCCUGGAGGAGACGUCUGUCAUGACGAAUCUCCAUCAUAAGAAUCUGGUGCGGUUAUUGGGAGUGAUUCUUCACAACGGCCUGCACAUCGUCACAGAGCUCAUGGCCAAGGGGAAUCUGGUGAAUUUUCUUCGCACACGAGGACGCUUCGCCAUCAGUGCGACGCAGCUGCUGCGCUUUUCACUAGACGUUUGUGAAGGAAUGGAGCACCUGGAGUCGAAGAAACUCCUGCACCGAGAUCUCGCCGGACGCAACAUCCUCGUGUCUGAAGACAGCGUCGCCAAAAUCAGCGACUUCGGUCUGGCCAAAGUCAGUUCGACGGCUACCGACAACUCCAAGUUACCCGUCAAGUGGACGGCGCCCGAAGCCCUGAACAACAAGAAGUUCUCCACUCAGUCAGACGUUUGGAGCUACGGAGUCCUCCUCUGGGAGAUCUUCUCAUACGGCAGACAGCCGUAUCCCAAAAUGUCGGUGAGUGAGGUGCGGGAGCGAGUGGAUCAGGGUUACCGCAUGGAGCCUCCGGACGGAUGUCCUCCUGACGUCUACAGCAUCAUGAUGUCCUGCUGGGAGACGGAGCCCAAGAGGAGACCGUCCUUCCACAAGCUCCGAGAGCGGCUGGAGAAAGAGCUCGGCACACACUGACCUACGCAUGUGUCUAUAAUGUACAAUUAAUUUAUUAUUCAUCACACUCUGUAUUUAGGGGUUUUUGAGUGGAUCUUGAAAACACACCGAGGUGUUUCGCCUCAAGAUCGGGAAAGUCAGAUUAAACUAUUGCAUGAAGGUAAAGCCUGGUUUAGGACCUUAAUUUAAUUGUUUUUGUUGCAUUGUAUAACUUAUUAUAAGUGGUUCUCAUCUACUGAUUUAUUUAAUUGUUUUUAUUUUUAUUAAAAUGGUACAAUAAAAAUCGAUAUAAACAGUACAGCAUGUAAUAACACGAAAUACCUUUAUUUAAUUUUUUUUUGCAUUAAUUAUAAUGUGAAUUUGGUAGAAAAUGUGCUUAUUUGUCAUGGAAAAUAAUGUCAUGUUGCUCUCAAAUUUUUAGGGUUGUAAGAAAUAAAAUC